AUGAUGCAGGCCGCCAACUCCCACUCCGCCGUCACCCAAGGCGAUCUCGAGCUGCUGGAUGCCCUCACGUCCAUGUCGACCUCCUUCCCGCAUCAGCCCAGCUAUGCUUCGUCCUCUGCCUCCUCCUCGUCCAAGCUGAGGCCCCUUUCAACGCUCAACGCUCUUCGCAGGCCUCCCAUCGAUCCCAUGGUCUUGGCUGCCAGUCUCAGCUCGGGUCCUCAUGUCACUCGACACCACUUUCACCACUCGUUUGGCAGCCAUGCUCACACCUCGAACUCUCAGCAGAUGCCUGCCAGUCAGAGAAAGGCCGCGGCUGCAGCUGCGUCUGCCGCUGAUGCGAAAGGAUCGACGUCGGCCGGCACAUCCUCCCGUGCCCAGCAGCCCCGCUCUCGACGACCUUCAGCAGCAAGCGGCUCGUACGCCAACUGCGAUUUUGACGAUUUCGACGACGUCAUUCCCAGUCGCAACGCUGCUUCUUCCUCAGCCAUCGAGAUCGAGCCAGUCCCCGAGGUGACAGACGAGGAGCGAGCCUACUACGCCAGCCGACAAGCCCCCCGUAGCGUUCGUUUGCAGCAACAAAAGGACCUCGAGCAGAAGCGUGCACAAGCGCAAGCCGGAGCUACUCGCCAGGCUUCUUCUCCAGACGUGACUGCCAAGAGCCAGACCCAGCCCCAGGCAUCCACCAUCCGCGCGAGCGACGAGCCCCUCCAACCCUCGCUCCUCAACCAGCCGGGCAACCAAGCCUCCAAGACCGUCCUCGUCCCCCCCUCCUUACCCGCUGACAAGAUCGCCGCUGCCCUCGACGAGCGCAAAGCCGCCCUCACCGCCGUCUCCGCGCCCACGCACAUCCCUCUCACCCCCGCCGCCGAGACGCUCUCCUACAUGCCCCCGCAGGUGGGUACGCCCGCCGGUCGAGCUAGCAUCUCGUCCAUCGUCCGCCCCCCUCCCGUUCGCGUCCGCUGCUACGCCCGUACCCGCGUCCCCACUCCGCACGGCGAAGUCUUCUGCCACCUCUACAAAAACACGCAUGAUACGAAGGAGCAUCUUGCGCUGGUGAUCGAUCCGUAUCAGAACGACGAGGGAUCCACCACCAUGGGUCCCGAUGGACGGCCGGUUAAGGAGAGCGAUGCGGUGUAUCAGGAGCAGGCGUUGCGGAGUAAGAGUCUGGACGAGGUGUGGGGGCCGAGCGAGACGGAUAUGGAGCGUAUUGUUCGUGGUGCCUACGUGGGGAGGUUGGGGCCGAGUUUUCAGGUUGCUUCUCGACCGUUGGCGCGACAUGGGCAGGCGGGUGGAAAGUCGGCUGACGACGAGAUUGCGCCGUUAGUGCGUAUUCACAGCGAGUGCUUUACGGGCGAGACAAUCGGUAGUCAGCGCUGCGACUGCGGCGAGCAGUUGGAUGAAGCCAUCCGGCUCAUCUCGGAAGCGUACGUCUCCCGGCCCUCUGCCCAACCGCAAAAGCUGGGCAGGGGAGUCAUCGUCUACCUCCGCCAAGAGGGACGUGGUAUCGGAUUGCUCGAUAAGCUCAUGGCGUACAACCUGCAGGAUAUGGGUCACGACACCGUCUCGGCCAACAUCCUGCUCGGUCAUCUGCCCGAUGCCCGCAAGUACGACAUCGCCUCUGCGAUCCUGAGGGAUCUCGGUGUGGACGAGUGUCGAUUGCUCACGAACAACCCGGAGAAGAUGGAGGCUCUGGAAGCGGAGGGUGUGCGUGUGGUGGAGAGGGUAGGGAUGGUACCGCGCGUGUGGAAGUUCGGCAAGCGUCUUCGACGGAAGAAGGGGAAGAAGCGCACGACUGCAAGUCGGCCUGUCAAGAUGGGCGCGCGGGCGAGUCUGUUGCGGCAAAUUAGCGCGAAUGGACUGGAGGGGAGUGUGAUCUCCCAAGCAGGAACGGAGUCGGACGACGAUCCGACGAGCGCAGGUCUCAGGCAUCAGGGUGAGGACAUGUUGCAGCCACACGACCGACCCGAAUCCGACGACGAGGACAGUGGGGACGACUCGGACGAUUCGUACAUCGACCACGUGCUCAGGAGGUCCGGAACGACUAUGAUCGGCGCGAGUAUCACCAAAGGUCCCGAGUUGGAGAAGUAUUUGAGGACCAAGGUCGAGAGGAUGGGCCAUCUGCUGACGGUUCCCACUGAGGAAGGUGGCGAGGAAGGAAAGGAAGGGGAGGCGGAGACGCCGGUUAGCCAGCCCAAUACGGACGACGAGGGCGAGGCUGCGGCCGUUUAG